CUUUUGACACUGACAACAAAAAUAAAUAUCGAUAAUCUUCAAAUGAACAUUUUUUUCAAAAUAUUUGCAUUUACUAAUGUCAGGUUACAAACGAGUUAGUUUUUAUGAGCUAUGUAGAUUAUGUGCUUCAAACACUCAAAAAGAAAAGACUCAUAUUUUCCAAGAAGAAGGAAGAAAAAUCCAACUUCAAAACAAGAUAGAAGUUUGCCUAGCUUUAACUGUCAAUGAAAAUGAUUUUUUGCCAAAAGUUGUAUGUUCAAAAUGUUUGCGUUCCCUUGAAACCUGUUAUGGAUUCAGACAAGAAUGUGUCCGCUCUGAAUCUAUGCUUUCCACUUAUUUUAAGAAUUUUAGAUAUACAGAGGAUUUCAAAAAAUCUGGGAAAGUAUAUAUUAAAGACAUAAAAAGUGGUACAGUAUUAAGUGCUGAACCUACUACCAGUGGAGGAGUCAAUACAGCACAGCAGACAGUUUCAGUGCCACAAAAUGUUAUCAUUAACAAGAAUCAUCAGAAUGUUGAACAAGUACCUUUUUACACCUUACAACUUCCAACUAUUGUUACAAACCCCAAUAUUGUUAGUAAACCACAAAAAUCCGCCGAAAAUUCAAAAUUAUCCCAAAAUCAAUUUGCCUAUAAUCUGAAUUUAAUAAACACCUCAAAUAUUAAAGGCAAUCUUCCAAAAGCUGAAAUUGUUAGUAAUGUUGUAGUAAAUUCAAAUGGGGAAGUUAUAAAUAUAGCACACAUGGGAGAUUUUGAAACAAUUCUAAACCAAGGAAAUGCUUUAAAAACUAAAAAUAAAUCUGCAAAAAAUAAACAUGUAAAUAAUGAAGAAAAUAGUAUUGUUCAAAUCGAUUUAACUGAAUCAGAUAAUUCUGAAUAUGACUUAGAAAGCAAUAGUACUAAAUUUAAUAAAUUGCCCCAUAUAAGAAGCACUCAAAAUCAUAAGUUUGCUUACUCUUUAAAAACAGAUGAGAAACCACAAAACCAAACAGUAAUUUUCCCCAUUUCAGAAUAUAGUCAAAAUUUUAAUAACUUUAAUUCCAGUAAUGUAGUUUAUACCCAACCAAAUCUAAAUUUUGUCAGUAGUACUUCAGCAAAUGUAAUAGCCAACACUGCCUCCACUGUAGAAAGCUCAGCUUUAAAUGUUAUAAAUCAGAAUUUGCAGGAAAUAAAUCAACCUGCUUAUACAAAUGUAAUAUCUGGAAAUUUACAGACUGAAUCAGAAAUAUGUAAAAACAACACUGACAUUACUAAAACAGAAAUAGAACAAAAUAUUAAUAACAAUUUAAUAGGUAGUUCAAAUAAUAAUACUCAGAAAACACAUGUGUGUGAGGUAUGCCAGAGGGCAUUUAAGAGAAGAGAGCAUCUUUAUCAGCACGUUAAGCUUCAUACAGGGUUUAGACCUUAUAUUUGUGAGCAUUGCAAUAAAGCUUUUAUGAGAAAGGAGCAUCUAUUACGACACAGUACAUUACACUCUGGUCAGAAAAAUUUUACAUGUCAAAUAUGCAAUAAAAGCUUCUCUAGAAAUGAUAAUCUAAUUAAACAUAGAAAAACUCAUAACAAACAGGCUAGUUAUACAUGUGAAUUAUGUCAUAAACAGUUUGUUAUGAAACACUAUUACAAUGCCCAUAAGUUAACUCAUGAUAAAUUUGUAUCUACUGUUUGGGGGCUUCUGAAGACAUAAUAAUUAUCUUAGACUGCAUAAUUUAUUAGAGUCUGUAUUACUUAUUUAUUUUUUAUUUAUUUUGUGUUCGUUAUUUUGUUAUUUAAUUAUUAUAAUUAGUUCUACUAACUGGUGAAAAAUUAAUAUUCUCAUAAAAAUAAUUAAAAUUAUAAUUAUCUGUUUACUGUCAAGCAGCUGGGUUGUUUAGAUGUUCCUACGACGAUAAACUACUAAUACAUUCAUUCAUAAUUAAGCCCUUUUUUAUUGCAAUCAUUCAAAUUGUGUUUAAUAUUAUGCAGACAGAGCUAUUGCAUUGGCUGCCACAUUAGAAAAAAGGAGACAUCUGCUAAUUUGAGUGGGGGUGGUUUGUGCAAGUAUGUUUAUCUGAG